CGGAAGUUGGUUCCCUGUUCCAGUGAUGAUCCAAAAUGUCGUCCGCAUUUUGGAAAAUAUUUCGAAAGUCAGGUCAAACAUUUGCAAAUUUACAAAAGCUGAAGACGAAAACACAAAGUUAUAACAAUGUCAGGGGCUUCUACAGACACCAGGCUUUAUACGGCGCAAUCCAGAUCAAUAUGCCUGCACUUUCACCUACAAUGACAGAGGGCACAAUCGUGAAGUGGUACAAGAAAGAAGGUGACCCCAUUGCCCCAGGUGAUGCAUUGUGUGACAUUCAGACUGACAAGGCUGUCAUGGCCAUGGAGACUGAAGAAGAAGGAAUAUUAGCCAAAAUAAUUAUGCCAGAUAACAGUAAGGAUGUCAAGCUUGGUACUCUGAUAGCUCUAAUUGUUGAAGAGGGUGAUGAUUGGAAGAAUGUCACUGUUCCUGAUGUGUCUUCCAGUCCUGCCCCUGACACUCCAAGUCAGCCAGCUCCUGAAGUGUCUCAGACUGUCGCACCAUCUGGUGGAUCAGUUCCUGGUAUUGAGAUCAAGAUGCCAGCUCUGUCUCCCACCAUGACAGAGGGUACUAUAGUGAAGUGGUAUAAAGAGGAAGGUGAUGUGGUUGCCCCCGGUGAUGUAUUAUGUGAUAUUCAGACAGACAAAGCUGUGGUUGCCAUGGAAACUGAAGAGGAAGGAAUUCUUGCCAAAAUUCUGAAACCUGGCAACAGUGAGAAUGUUGUACUUGGGGAUUUGAUCGCUUUGAUAGUUGAGGAAGGUGCUGAUUGGAAGGAUGUCAUGAUUCCUGGAACUACAGUGGCUCCACCUAGUGCAGUACCUAGUGCACCACAAGCUAUAUCAGCGGAAUCAGUUGUUUCUACUCAAACUCCGAUAGCUUCCUCAAUUGGACACAUUACAAGUGGAAUUGUACAUGGUGUAGGCCCGGCAGUACGAACAUUAAUAGACAACUAUGCAAUAAAGUUAGAAGAUCUGAGAGGUACAGGGCCCAAUGGAUAUUUACUGAAGGGUGAUGUUUUGGAGUGGAUCAGAACAAAGAAUCUGACACCUGUCACUCAUGCUGUGGAACCUCCUCCUCAAGUUUCAGCUCCACCCCCUACCACUGUAGCUCCUCCGCCUAGAGUACCUGGACAGGGAUAUGUCGAUAUCCCCAACUCUUCUGUAAGAAGUAUUAUUGCCAAAAGAUUAUCAGAGUCAAAGAUCACAUCACCUCAUAGUUAUACAUCUAUAGAAUGUAAAGUAACAAAGGCUGCACAGUUGAGAAAGAAGCUUCUUAAAGAGGGGACCAAGGUCUCCAUGAAUGACUUCAUUAUAAAAGCUGUUGCAGUGGCAUUGCAGAGGGUGCCGGAGAUGAACAUUGUGUGGGAAGGUGACAACCCUGUGCAACUACAAGACAUUGAUAUCUCUGUUGCCGUGGCAACAGAUUCUGGUCUUAUCACCCCUAUAGUGAAGAAUGCUUCUGGACUAGGUGUCGAGCAAAUCUCCCACAAUGUGAAGGAACUUGCUGUUAAAGCUAGAGAGGGUAAAUUACAACCACAGGAAUUUCAAGGUGGUUCAUUCACGAUAUCAAACCUUGGUAUGUUUGGCGUAGCAGAGUUCACAGCAGUUAUCAACCCCCCACAAGCCAAUAUUAUGGCAGUUGGCUCCUCUCGUCUAGUCCUGGGCACAGACAAUACCCCAGAACCUGUUCUAACUGUGACAUUAUCCUCUGAUGCCAGAGUAGUAGACCAGUUACUGGCGUCACAAUUUUUAGAGGCAUUUAAGGCGAUAUUAGAGAACCCUAUGUUAAUGUUAACAUCGUUACCCCCUAGAAAAAGACAAGUUGACACAGCAUGAGGGUAGAAAGUGUUUAUGAGAGGAACUGAUACUGUUCAAUAGUGCUAUGCUCUCCUGAGGAUUCUACUUAUCUGGAUACAGACUUUUAACUAACCAACAAAGAUUGUAAAAUUUCUAAUUUUUCAAGAUUUCCAAUUUUCAACUGGCUGUAAAAAAAUUAUUUCACAAAAUUCUAUAAAAUGUCAAAAAUCCUCUAAUUUUUCAAGUUUUCAAAUUUUCACCUGGAUUCAAAUAGAUUUUCUCAUUGAUGUAUGGUAACUUCUCAAAAAUCUCAACUGGUUUUGCAGUAACUGGUUGCUUCAAUUCAAUGCUUGUAAGAUCACUGAUUGUAGAAUUUUAGAUAUGUAUACACAUAAGUGUUAUUGGAUAGCAUGGGUAUGUUACAGUUAAGACUGCCUCUACAUAGUUUUGAUCUGAACUGAAAUAAUUUAUAGCAAACCAUUAACAGUAUGACAAGUUUAAGGAAGUCUGAGUAGAAUGCAUAAUCAGGAGCCAAGCAUGCUUGCAUAACAACAUGCGUAAAUGUUCCCAUUAGUCUCACCUUAAUUUCUAAGCAGUAAAUUCACAUUUUAUGUUGGUAUCAUAAAAUUGUGCACACUUUCAACACGCACAAUUUUGUCAGGGAGUAACAUUCUUACAUGUAUCAGGUUUUGUUAUGAUCAGCUCUACAAGAAUGUACAUGUCAAUGAUAUUCAUGUAAACAAUGUUCAUGAAAACGAUGUUCAUGUAAUCAA